AAAGACCCGUUGAACCACCAAACAACCGCAGCUUGGAGGCCUUGCGGGACGCCGGCCCACCGGCGAGAACAGCCCAGAACGUAGGUCAGGCCCGAACGGACCUUGACCGUUCCGAGGCGCGGUGUGAUCAGGCUGACGGGGGCCAAGAGGCAGGUAGACCUAGUCUGGUAUCGACGCCUCUCCUACACUCCGCCCUCCUCCCCCACCCCGUGCCUGCUGCCCCCGAGCCGUCACUACGUUCCUUUGGGUCUCAUUUUCCGUCUCUGUAAAACGCCGGGCCCGAGCCACCCCGGGGGCCCUAACCACGAUUAGUUUUUCUGGAGCUAUUUUAGUUCUUCCCUUCUCACGUCCUGCCCACAGGGGUUUAUGAUUUCUGGAGGCGGAAGAGGGAGGGUCCGCGGCGCCGCCUUCAGUCCCAGCCUGGAGGCGGGCGGCUCCGGGCUCCGCGGCUCCGAGCGGCCCAACAGAGGGCCCGAGGCCCAUCGGGUCCCGCCCCGGGGCGGGGGGGCGGCUGCCGGCCCCGUGGCCGAGGCUCUUCCGCGCCGGCAGGGGCAGUAGCGGGAGCAGGAGCGGGAGCGAGCGACGAAGAGCCGAGGAGCGCUGUCGCCGUCGCUGUCGCCGCGGCCGCCGUUUGGAGGGGGCUGCGCGGGCGGGCGGGCGGGAGGGAAGGAGGAAGGGAAGCAGCUCGGGGACCUGCGAGCCGAGGCCCGGGGCCCUGGGCCGCCAUCCCCGCAGCCAUGCCGCUGCUCUUCCUGGAGCGCUUCCCCUGGCCCAGCCUCCGUACCUACACGGGCCUCAGCGGCCUGGCGCUGCUGGGCACCAUCGUGAGCGCCUAUCGCGCCCUCAGCCAGGCUGAGCCGGGCCCCGGCGCCGGCCCGGGAGAGUCCGAGGCGCUCAGUUCGCCGCAGCAGCCGCCGCCGCCCCAGCCGCCGCCCCCCAGCUCCCCGCCGGGCCCCGGGGGGCCCCGGGCCCGAGACGUGAUCCAGUACCUGCUGUCCGACAGCCUGUUCGUUUGGGUCUUAGUAAAUACUGCUUGCUGUUUCUUGAUGUUGGUGGCCAAGUUAAUCCAAUGUGUUGUAUUUGGUCCUCUUCGAGUGAGUGAGAGGCAGCACCUAAAGGACAAGUUUUGGAACUUUAUCUUCUACAAGUUCAUUUUCAUUUUUGGUGUGCUGAACGUCCAGACAGUGGAAGAAGUAGUGAUGUGGUGUCUCUGGUUUGCUGGACUUGUGUUUCUGCAUCUGAUGGUGCAAUUAUGCAAAGACAGGUUUGAAUAUCUUUCGUUUUCUCCUACUACACCAAUGAGCAGCCAUGUCCGAGUGCUUACUCUUCUGAUUGCUAUGCUGCUCUCCUGUUGUGGAUUAGCUGUUGUCUGCUGUGUGACGGGUUACACCCAUGGAAUGCACACACUGGCCUUCAUGGCUGCAGAGUCUCUCCUUGUGACAGUGAGGACUGCUCAUGUGAUUUUACGUUAUGUAAUUCACCUCUGGGAUCUCAAUCAUGAAGGGACUUGGGAAGGAAAGGGCACUUAUGUGUAUUAUACGGAUUUUAUUAUGGAGCUCACUUUGUUAUCUCUGGACCUUAUGCACCAUAUUCACAUGUUGCUGUUUGGCAACAUCUGGUUGUCCAUGGCCAGCUUGGUGAUCUUUAUGCAACUACGUUAUCUGUUCCAUGAAGUACAACGUCGAAUCCGUCGCCACAAGAAUUACUUGCGUGUAGUUGGAAAUAUGGAGGCCAGGUUUGCAGUUGCAACUCCUGAAGAACUAGCUGUCAAUAAUGAUGACUGUGCCAUCUGCUGGGACUCAAUGCAGUCUGCAAGGAAACUGCCCUGUGGACACCUCUUUCACAACUCCUGCCUUCGCUCCUGGCUUGAACAGGAUACCUCCUGUCCUACCUGCAGAAUGUCUCUGAAUAUUUCUGACAAUAAUCGAAUCAGAGAAGACCAGCAAGGGGAGAAUUUGGAUGAGAAUUUGGUGCCUGUGGCAGCAACUGAAGGCCGACCUCGCCUAAAUCAGCAUAACCACUUUUUCCACUUUGAUGGUUCCCGAAUCGCUAGCUGGCUGCCCAGUUUUUCAGUGGAAGUGAUGCAUACCAACAAUAUCCUUGGCAUUACUCAAGCAAGCAAUUCUCAGCUUAAUGCAAUGGCUCAUCAGAUUCAAGAAAUGUUUCCCCAGGUACCAUAUCAUCUGGUUCUGCAGGAUUUACAACUGACACGUUCAGUUGAAAUAACAACAGACAAUAUUUUAGAGGGACGAAUUCAAGUACCUUUCCCUGCACAGCGGCCAGACAGCCUUAGACCUGCAUUGAACAAUUCUGUAGAGAGGUCAAAUGAUCAAGAAGAGAAUGAAAUCUCUACUCAGGCUGAGCGUGGGCCCCUGGACCUCAGUCCCAGGUUGGAAGAGAUAGCUGACUUCAGCGAGGCGGAGGCUGAGCCCAGUGAGGUGGAGGACUUUGAAGCCCGGGGAAGCCGCUUCUCCAAGUCGGCAGACGAGCGCCAGCGAAUGUUAGUGCAGCGGAAGGACGAUCUGCUGCAGCAGGCGCGGAGACGUUACUUAAACAAAACUUCUGACGAUGACCCAGCCUCAGAGAGCUGUCUACUCUCGGAGAGCCCAUCCUCUGAUCCUGUGACCCAACGCCGUAGGAUGUUGGCUGCUGCUGCUGAACGAAGACUUCAGAUGCAGCAGAACUCCUAGCGUUCUCUUUUGCCCUCCUCUGCCACCUCCUCAUGAGCAGUGUGCUGAGCUGCUGUACUUCAUCCCAGCAGGAAGAGGCCUUUCCCUGUUCUGCCAGCCACGUGGAGGAGUGGGCUUGACUGCAUUGCCGCUGUAUAAAGCAUGUGGUCUUACUAGUAUUUGGACAGCUGACAAAUUUAAUCUUUUUUUGUAACAUUUUCUAUGUGACACUUCUUCAGUUCCCUUGCCCACUCUGGGGGGGAAAAAAGCCAAUUUUAAUUUUAAGCGUUAUCUUUGCUGGCACUGACUAAACUGCCAGGUUGGGUUGGAGUAGCAAGGGGUGGCUUGAGAGGAUAGCCACAGGCCGGGUGAUCAGGCAGCUUAAAUUACUUGCUUUAUACAUAGGUCAUUGAAGGUACUAGUAUCUUAGUUCAAAAUAUGGCAAGGGACAUGCACAGAAAAAUUCAUAGAAUACUUACUCGAUCAGCUAGCAAGCCUCUACUUACCACGGAGGCAUUCAUUAUGUUACAAAGACAACCCCAACAACACUUCCUCCUAAGAAAGGAGGAGAGGCGUAUGAGGAAUCAUGGAAAAUGAGUCCUUAAUAUAGCAGCAGAAACAAGGGUUGUUUGGCUAUGUGAUUGAAAGAUGAAAAUAAAUAGCUUGCUUUGUGCAGGAAAGUAACCCUCUAUUUGAUCUAGACCAUCAGUGGGCUUAACCUUUAUACACCUCCUUGCCCUAAGCUGGUUUUAUUUCCGUUAACUCUGGUGCUGCAUCCUUCAUGUAUACAUCCAUGUGUCCUUUCAUUUUCCUUCUGUUCAUUUCGUUGCCAUCUUUAGAUGUUGGAAAGGUCAGCACCAAAAGGGUUAAACAGUGAGCACUAGUUUGGAUUUUUGACAGUGUUAAAGUAUGUUUGUUAAUUGGAAAGUCUGUGGGUUUGGUCCUUGGAGUGACAAAAAACAGGUGUAGUAAAUGAGACAGUCAUUAUCAAAGGGUUUUGUUGAAGAAAUAAAGAAAACUUUGGUGUCUUGAGCCCUUAAUUUUGUAACUACUUCAGUUAACUUAAUUAUACUUAAAAAGAUAAGACCUGCUUUCAAAGGAGGUCCCAUUCCCUAACCUUUUCACACAUUUAAUGUUGAGCUGAAACACAAUCAUAGGUUACAUACUUCACUUUGUCCCAUUGGAGUAACUUUUAAAAAUUAAACAAUCUUUAUCACAAUCCUUUCGGGAAGUAUCCAGUAUUAUCUAGAAUUAUUGGCAAAGUUAAAUGUUUUGGGGUUUUUGGUUUUAAAAGGCAAGUUUUUAGGCUGUUUAAAGGUAAUUGGGGAAAGGGUCGAAUAGUAAAUAUGUAGGCAAAGGUAAUUUAUUUCAAUAAAUCUUUCAAAAGCCUUACAUUGCAGUGCUGUUUAGUAAAAUUUUGGAAACUGCUAUGAUUUUUUUGUUUCGUUUUGUUUUGCUGAGAGCAUAGUUAUUUGUUUCUGUUUUUGUUGUUAAAAUAAUAAAAAACAAAUUAUUCUGGGUGUGUCAUGGUUGGAAUCUAAGCCCUUUCUCAGAGGUGCCAACUUUGAAUCACAUUUUAGUUUCCAUGUGCCAUUAAAAUGUUUUUCGAUAAAGCCAUUUUCCCCACUUUUUAGUUUGGUUUUAUUUUCCUUUACAUUUAUUAGAGAAAGUAAAGCCAAUUCUAUGAUAUUAUUGUACAUAAUUUACAUAUUUAGCAUCUUUAAAAAAGAGGGGUACACCUUUAUGUUUCCUUAUACCUAUUGGAUUCAAUACAGAUUCUGUGUGACAAAUGUUUAUAAAAUUUGGAGCGGUAUCCUACUUACUUAAUUUGUGACUUAAAAUGGUACUGAGUUUGGAAAUAUUUAGAGAUUACUUUUAGGACUGUUCCUUAUUUCUUGUCCAGGUUAUAUCAGUAUAUCAUUGUGAUAAAAGUGGUAAAUGUUUGUGACCCUGUGAUUUCAUCAGUGUGAGGAUUUCCUCCCUCUUAGUUUUAUCAUCCAGUGCUGUUGUUCAGUUGUGUCUUACCCUUCAUGAUCCAUUUGGAUUUUUUUUUUUUUUUUUUUGACAAAAAUACUGAAGUGGCUUGCUGUUUUAGUUUUUAUUUCUAUAGAUGAAGAGACUGGGACAGGCUAAGUGGCUUGCCCUCAAUCUUGUAGCUAGGAAGGGUCUGAGGUCAGACUUGAACUCGGGAAGAAGGGUCUUUCUGCCUCCAGGCCCAAUACUCUCCCUGCCCCACCAGCAAACUAUAUAUCAUCCUGUGCGGGCAUCCAUCAUUCAGAGAUGAUGGUGUUCCAAGAUUUGUGGUCAUACAUUUAUAUUAAAAAGGUGAAUCUUUGCCCCAAUGAACAGCUUGAAAUUACUUGAGAGCAUGUUGUGAUUUCCCAAUACGAUACCAUCUACUGUCCUCUUUCUAUUCAGGUUAGGUCCAUUUAAUUCUCCAUCUUCAAUCCUUACUUCAUACAUGUAUUUAGACUAAUAAAAUGAAUUGUCCAUUCAA